AUGUUCAAGACAACUGUGAUCUCAGCAUUACUCGCAUCAGCAACCUUAGUCUCAGCGGGAGGUCCUGCUGAAAUCUGUACAAGCAAAGGUGGUACAAGCUGUACAGAGUAUCAAAUUACCAAGGACUGUUGUGCGGCAGUUGAUCAAAACACUCGCUUCGAUGAGGUCUUUACUCAAUGUAUUCCACUUCUUGCUAACGGUAUAAACACUGGUGGUAUGGUUGAAUGUUGUGAAAGCAGAGGUGCUGGAAGUGCUGAAGUAAAAAUCGGCGCGGAUAAGCUUGUAUGUACGGGAGGUCCUGCUGAAAUCUGUACAAGCAAAGGUGGUACAAGCUGUACAGAGUAUCAAAUUACCAAGGACUGUUGUGCGGCAGUUGAUCAAAACACUCGCUUCGAUGAGGUCUUUACUCAAUGUAUUCCACUUCUUGCUAACGGUAUAAACACUGGUGGUAUGGUUGAAUGUUGUGAAAGCAGAGGUGCUGGAAGUGCUGAAGUAAAAAUCGGCGCGGAUAAGCUUGUAUGUAGUCGUUAA